AUGGCAACGCCUCUCUCCUCUGCUCCGCCUCCCUUCGUCCCAGUCCAGCUGGAUCCUACCAAGGAUUCCGACAAGGACACUGAAGGCACCUCAGCUAUCCCGGAGAAAACCUCCGAGGCGGGACAAGCAGAGAAGAAGGCGGAAGAGAUAGCUGCCAAGAAAUCCAAAGCCCGCCAGCGGGAUUCGGAAUCCAAAGGGAAAUGGUGGCCCUGCACCACCACAGAGACUGAGCUGAAGAACUUGGAGGGGGAAGGCUUCCUGCUACCCGGAAGCUGGAGGACAAUUCCGAAUGCCUUAGCUCCAGCCCCCCAAGACAACGAGAUGCUCGAGGCCCUCGAGGAAAGCGAACUCGGAACUCUCGUCCGGGUCCCUACCACGGGCAACACGGAUCCGGAAGCUGCAUCAGAGGCGGAAGCCCACGACGCUCCGCGCCCAUCUAAGAGGAAGAGGCCUGCUCCCUCCAGUCCCGCCGCGAAACGCGCCUGCGAAGUGCUCAGCACUGCGGCUACUCGGAAAGCGGAGGCGGAGAAAAAGCGGCUCAAGCUUAUCGACACCAGCAACAAGGGCCAGCCCGACAUCCAGCAGUUCUUCAAGCCUUCCGGUUCCGGAAGCCAGCCCCCCAAAGCUCCAAGAAUCCUGAAGAAGAAGGUCAAGCCGUCUCCGGCUUUAGUCCCUGUUACACCUGAGGUGGAGGUCCCGCCCAAGGCCUCAUCCGCCUCCAAGCCGGAUCCCAAGGACGUCAUCAACCUCGAUGACCUUCCUGACGACCCCAUCGGCCACGGCGAUUCCGGCAAAGGCGCCUCCUCGUCUGCCCCUCCGCCUGAUCAACCAAGUGCCACCUUCGCGGGGCCUACGAAGGAAGAGUAUGAGCAGAAAGUGCAGCUCAUCCACACCUCCAGCACGCUUCAGGCUAACCCUCAACCAGCUUCGUCUCUGCAAAAACGUUCCCUUGCAGAACGCCACGCGGAGGUUUCCGCCAUGUUGGACAAAGUGUGGGGGAAGUCAAACAUGGAGAUGCAGGAGCUCACGGAACUGGAGGACGAAGAAACUGCCAAGCAUUCCGCAUUCGACGAUCUAUCCGCUAAAGUCAAGGUGCUCGAAGCGGAAAACGAAUCCCUCAAGGCCUUCAUCAAAGAAUCCUCCGGCAAGGAGAUUGAGGCGAGGAAGGAGCUUUCCAAGAAGCAUGCCCGUGACAUGACGGAACUGAAUGAUAAACUGAAGAAGAGCCAAAGUCGGGUGACUUCCUUAGUGGCCAAAAACAAAGUUCAAGAAGCGGAGGUGGAGGCCAUUGACAAGCUCAUCUUCCGCGACAGGAGGUCCUCGGAGGAGGAAUCCUUACGGGGUCGCUCCCGCGACAUUGGAGAUCCUUGA